UUCAAGCAAACUAUUAAUACAGAGCUAACAAAUGAUGGGAAUUAUAAAUCUCAAUUCAUUGAGAUGUCAGCCAUAGGUUCGGGUGGUUUUGGGACUGUAUUUAAAGUAAAGCAUAGAUUGGAUAAUAAGAUAUAUGCCGUUAAAAAAGUACAAUUCGGGGAUUUUAGUGAAGAAAAGAAACAAAAAAUUUUCAAAGAAGUAAAAAGUUUGGCAAAACUGCACUCAGAUUUUGUGGUCAAAUAUUACUACUCAUGGCUUGAGUCCAAUCAUCUCUAUAUUCAGAUGGAGUUCUGUUCGCAAAGCCUGCGUUCACUUCUAAAGGAUAAACACAUUGUCUUUGAGAAACAACAAGAAGACCAAAUCAAUCUCUUUGAGUAUUUUAUUUCAUGUGAGAUAUUUAAAGAAAUUUUAGAGAGUGUCCAAUAUCUUCAUGAAUCGGUUCCACCAGUCAUUCAUCGGGAUCUCAAACCCGACAACAUUUUAAUUGAUUUAAAUUUCACGUCAAAUCGGUUCGUGAAAUUGUGUGACUUUGGUUUAGCCACCGAUCACGACACCGAUAGACACACUGCCAGCCGAUACGGCCAUACAUCAGGUGUGGGCACUAUUAAGUAUAUGUCUCCCGAAGUCAUUCAUUGCAGAGAAUAUAAUCAUAAAUCAGACAUUUAUAGUCUUUGUAUUAUCGGCGAAGAGUUGUUUGGUAUCAAUCUUCAGGCGUAA